AUCGGACACAGGAACUCGUCGUCUGUCUAUGUUGUUGUUUCCUCCGAGAGUCGAAAGUAGUCCUUUUUCUUCACUUUAUUCUCUUAUUUGUCGUUGACAGACCAUGGACACAGACAUCUGUAAGAGCAUUUGAAAAGGAUUUGUAUCCAAGACGACCGACAUGAUCAAACGCGAAGGCUGUCAGAGGAGAAAUUAAGUUAGUGCCAGAGGGUGGUCUCAAGCACCCAGGGAGCCGGCACUCUGAGGUCAGUGCUUGCCAAGGCGCCAUGGGCGGGCGAGGGCAAGUCGGAAGUCUCUACGCGUCGCAGUAUGGGCUGGGGAUAAUGUUUCGCAGGAGGCUUCACCUGAUCAUGAGGUCGAGAGGCUUCACUCCCCAUUGGCGACCUCCAGGUGGCUUCAGGACAGCUCUCCAAGCACGCCCACACACGACCAGGUCUUCGUGUUCCAAAGUCAACAAGAACAACCUGAGCUGGCAUUUGCUAGUCCUGCUGAUGGGUCAGAAUGUUCAGUUACAAACGGUGGAGAAACUGAAGGAUGUCACUCGCUACCUAGUGAGGAUAGUCGUUCGCCAGUGUGAGGUACACACUUCAGAGAGGAUACGCCGUUCCAUGCAAUUGUACACUGUUUACUCCCGUAUGUGGGGAGAAGAGGCUGCAAGGAGAAUGCUGUCUAACCUCAGGAGGAUGUUUUUGAUGAGAGGGCGACAUCUGCUUUUGUCAGCAGUUUGCAUUACACAAUACGACUGGGAUAAGGAAAAGAUAUCGGAGGAGAGCCUAGAAAGAGCAACUGAUGACCUAGAAUCUGUAGGGGAACUCUGCAAAGCAACAGUUCAGUGUGAGAAUUGUGGAAAACGUCAAGUUAUUGAUCAACAGAUGUCUAAUGUGGAUUACUGUAUAUGUAGAGGUACCAUAGGUUAUGCUGGAAAGAAUAGACAUUAUGAUUCUUGGGAACCAUUCAUUGAAAGAGAUCACCAUAUUGUGUGGCGCCAGCGACACCACGUGCAUCAGCAUUUGUUUGCUUAUAAAGUGUAUGGAACAUACGAUGAUGUGAGCCUAAGUGCAUUCAUGGAAGCACAACUAAACAGUGGCUUCAGAAAAGAAUGGGAUGAUUCUGUGCUUGAGUUGCGGGUACUAGAUUCCCACGCAGAAUCUAACUCCGAUCUUGUUUAUUGGCUUGUCAAGUUCCCUCAAUUCUUUGCAAAUAGAGAUUAUGUCUUUAAGAGGCGCUUCACAUACAAUGAAGAAAGAAAAGAAGCUGUUAUAAUGAGUCAAGCAGUAGACUCAGAUGUGUUCCCAGAAGAGAAGGGAAUUUAUCGUGUUAAUGAGUAUUGGUCAACAAUGGUCAUUAGAGCCUGUGAGAGUAUCGAUAAGCCAGGUAUAGAAUACACCCUCACGUAUUUUGACAACCCUGGGACUAGUCUUCCACAAAGUAUAACAAACUUCAUAGCAGCUACAGGUUUUCCAAACUUCUUGCGGAAAGUUCACCAAGCAGCCCUAAGCCUUCAGACAGAUCACGAGAAUGGAGGAGAUGCUUAUAUCAGUCUCCCUAAUCAGUUACGUUAUCCGAAGAGACUGCCAGAGAUUGGAAAACCAACCAUUUCAGUAAGUGUCGAAGAAGAAGGGGCGCCCAUUCCUGCCACAGAGGAGUUGGAGAUCGUGUCUGUGGGCAACAUAAUGGGUCAAGUUCUUGAGCAUGGGGUCAGUAUACACAAGAUCCAAGAUGAAGAGGAGAAGCAUAGUACAUGGAGUGAUUUACCAGAAAAAGAAUGUGCAAGAACAGGUUCUUUGAUAAGGACUAAUAUUGAAGGUGGAGGCACUGUAAAAGAUACAUUGUUAGACAAAAAUGCUCCUACACCAAAGGAAGAGACUCAAGAAGAUAGCAGUGAAUUUCUUGAAAGUAGUGAAAUAGAUGUAGAGAUGGAAAUGCAAAUGACUGGUGAAAUUAAGGGCUCUGACUUCAACAAAGAAGAUGACCAUUUACCUUCUACAAUAGAUACAAAUAGUAACCAUUCAUCUCUGUCUGAAGAUCUGUCUCUGCAGCUGAGUAGAAAAAAAGUUGUGGUAGAUAUAUUGGAGGCAAUGGAAGUUGUGGCACCUGAUAUGGAAGAAAAAACAAAAUUGUCACUGAAAGUGGAAGAGUUGGCUGCAAGCACUUCAGAAAAAAAUAUAAACAAGUCUGUGUUACUUGCAAAACUUGACAAAUUAAGGAAUAAAUUAAAAGAAUUUCAAGAAAAUGCAUUUCAUCGCAAACUAACAUCUUUGGAAAAAAUGCAAGAACUUGAAAAUCGUGGCCAUUAUGACCAUUCUAGCCUAGAUGAAAAGACUUUAAAGCAACUUGAAAACCUUUUCCAUGCUGUAAACAGAGUUCUUCAAGCUGACAAAGAUAUGCGGACCGGAAAGGGUUACAUGAAGACUUCAACAGGACAAAACUCAGAUACUAGCAAGGGAGAGAAAUUAUUCUGGGAUUUCCAAAGAGAAGAAAAUAAAGAGAAGGAAGACACAGGGGCACAACCAAGUGAACAAAGAAUACCUGAUGAAGUGUCUACAUCACCGGGCUUUGAAAGUUCCCAAAAGAAAGAUGCUACUGACGAAACAAAAGCUAAAGAAAAUGUUCCAAGCUCUGUUAGUGCAGAUGUCAGAAAGGAAGAGGAAUUAUCCCAGGAUUCCCAAAGAAGAGAAAGCAAGAAGAGAGAAGAUGCCAGGACACAAUCAAGCGAACACACCGUACCUGAUGAAGUCUCAGCCUCACCAGGCUCUGACAGUUCUCCAAAGAAAAAUGCAACUGACAAAUCAAAGCCUCCAGAUGAUCCACCAGGGCCCAUUAGUGCAGGAUCAUCAGCCACAGGUGUAUUAGAAGAAAGCACAAAGAAUGAAAUUAAAACCUGUAAUAAUACUAUGAGAAAUAAUAUAGAAAAUAGAAGCAGUUCUGGUGGGUGGUCCUCUUGGUUAUAUUUCCCGUUUUCCACCUCCUGGAUGGAUGUCAAAGCAGCACAGGAUGUGUCAGACAGUGGGAGAAAUAACACUGAAGAAAAUCAUGUGGAGAACCUUGAUAUGCACAGUGAAACAAAGGCCACGACAUUAAUUGCUCAAGCUUGGUAUAUUGUUGGCUUAGGCUGGAUCUUCCAAACAGAAUCACAGUCAGCCAAGGAGGACUGUGAUCCCCAGCCCAGUGAGACCCAGGCAAAGGGUGAAGUUGAUGGUGCUGUAGAAGUUAAAUGUGAUAAGGGAACAGAGGGAACCACAUCUUGGUAUUGGUAUCCAGUGAAUGGCAUGUAUAGAGUGUAUACUUGGGUGUUCAGUGCUUCGCAGAAAGAGAGUGUCUAAGUUUAUUUGAAUGACUAUUGGAAAGGAUUUAUAUUUUAAUAUAUCAUUUUUCAGUUGUGCAAAUCAUUGGUAUUUAAUAUGGUGACAAAUGAAUUAGUUUAGCAGGAAUUGUCAGGGAUGACAAUAGCUUCUGUCAUUCAUUUUGGCAUAAAUUAAAAUGUUCAGAUCUCGUAUUUAAACUUUUGCAAUACUGCACAAAGUGCUAUUUCUGGAAACAAUGAAAGGUGACUAGAAAGAUUUUAGUGAAGGUAAUUUUUUUUUUCUUAUUGUGUAUUGAUUAUUUUUUAACUCUUAUUUAUUUUUCAAGACUGUGUUCUGUUAAUCUCAAAGCCAUUAGUAUAGAACUCUAAAGGCUCAAAUGUAUAUUAGAGUAGAUGAAAAUAGAUUUUUUGUAAUUUCCAAUAGGACUAAAUUUAGCUGACCUAAAAAUCAAAUAAUGCAACAUAGUGUGCAGGGUUAGUGUCAUGUAUUUAAACAUCCUUGCAGAAUAUGUAUUUGUCAGUAUUCUAACAAAAAAUUAAUGAAAGUCUCAAAGUUUUUGUAUGAUAACCAGAGAGUGCCUAUAUAAAUGUUAGUUCAUAUAAAGUAUAUAUUUGUCUUUAUAUUUUAAGUUCUCUAUUUUUCAAAAUAAGUAUCAACAUUAUGUAGUCACUGAAAAGUUGUGAGACAGUACCUGGUGGCUGUGAAUUAUUGAAUUUAUAAGAUAUACUGUGUUUAAGGAAAAUAUACUCUCAUUUUCCAGUUUUUCAGUAUGGUGACCAAGGAAAAGAAUUUCCACACUUUCUUCAAAGAGGCACAAUAAAAUGCAAUGUACAGUAAUUGCCAAGUAGCUCAAACCUAUGAUACCAAUAUAAACUGACACUGUAAGCCAUAAAAGUCUUUAAAAAUAUGAAAUUUUUGACUUGGAAUGUCAACUUAUAUUAGCUCUGUUGUAGCUGCAUUGGAAAUAAAAGCUUGUUUUCGUU